AUGUCCGUUUGCACGCCGUCGCCUACCUACCGCGCCUACUCGAGCGCCUCUACGCGCCCUAUACCUAUGCCAAUUAACUUCGGCCGUUCCCGCGCCUACCGCUCUUCCUCGCCCGUCAAGCGCGCGGUAUACCUAGUCUAUAUCCGCAAUAACCCUACCCUCGCCACCAUAACCAUUAUUUUAAAGGGGGAGGAUAAGGAAGAGGAGGUCGUAGAGUAA